CGGUAAAAAUUCUGUUACAGAUUUCAAAGAAAGUGACUGGUGUCUACGGUUUUGGAUCUAUCUCCAGAAUACUAUUGAUGUACGCUUACAACUUUACACCAAAAACGCUGGUGUAAAAUCGUUCAGAAAGGUUUAUUCCAACAUGCAAAAUGCAGAAUGGAAUUAUACUGAGAUUGAUAUUAAAGUUCAUAAAAAUGAUAUUAUUUUCUUUGAGUCAAUUCGAGGUGAUAAUGGAGCACAUGUUGCAGUAGAUGACAUAACGCUUAUUAAAGGAAAAUGCAGAGACACAUUUUCAAGUCUUUUGUUCAUGAAAGGGGAAGUAAAAUGUAAUUUUGAAGGAAACAAAGAUAUUUGUUUUGAUCAAGACAAUGGUGACAAUUUCGACUGGAUAAUUGCUCGGAAUGGGCAAAGGAUAACAAACCAAAAAACCGGACCAAACAGCAGUAUAGAAGGAAACUAUUACAGCUAUAUUGAUACAAGUGACAGCAGAAGACAAAAAAAUUUUAAAGCUGUACUUAUUUCUAAAUUUAAAUUAACAGAUGUUAAUAUAACUUUCAGUAUGCAGUAUCAUAUGUAUGGUAAGCACAUUAACACACUUAGAGUUUACUUAAAAAAUGGAACGAUGGAAUUGGAAAUUUUCAGGAAAACAGGAAAUCAAGGAAAGGAAUGGAACAGGUUCACAAAUACAACAAAAAUAAAAGGAACGUGGAAGUUGCUUAUAUCAGCAAAUAAAGGCAAUGGAAAUCUGGGAUAUAUUGCCAUAGACGAUAUCCAGAUAAAAAUCAACCGACGGGAUUUAAAAUACAACUGGAUGAAUCAGAAUGAGAGAUGCAAAGACAAUCUGGGUGUAUAUGCCAUCAAUCAUCGACAAUUACCAAAUCAGUCCUGUCUCUCCUUUGAUUUUGAUCGCUGGACAGGUAUUAUCAGACCUCAAAGAAGAGGUACCGCGACAAAGGGGUUGGCUAAACAUCCAACUAAAGUGCAAGUAUACAGGAGCCUUGGUUUGAAUUAUAAAUACAUCUGGGAGGCGUUUAACUCAACUUUAACCAGACCGUUUGUUUGUGAAAAAAAUCUAAGAGAAGAAAAGGAAUCUGUAUAUAUAUCGGCGACAUCCUUCGGUGAUACAAUAGUGGGAGUGCUUGUCGCCUGUGCUUCAAUUAUCAUUCUUUGCAUCAUAGUUUUUGUGAUUUAUAAAAAACGGAAGAAGGCGACCAAAUUUAAAAAGCAAAAUGACAUUUCUCCAAUAACUAAGAAAAAUGCAACUUAUCUAAACGACAGUGAAACCAAACAUUCAACAGAAAAAAAAUUAAUAGAAGUAAAUAAGCAGAAGACGCAUCAAAGAAAGGAACUCAAUGAUUAUGAUAAGAUUAACCAUGAUGCUGCUAAAAGAAAAUAUGACUUAUCCUUAGAAAAUGAUAAGUUUCGAAAAGAAUGCGAAGAAGAUUACGACCACCUCCAUCAAACUAGCAACAGUAUGACGUCAAAACCGGAUGACCUUUACAGUCACAUGACAGGAAGUCAAUACGAGUCCCAAAGGAUAAUUACCGAUGACACUUACGCACACACAGUCGAAAUCGAGAAUGAAUACGGUGCACGACAGUUAACUCAUCAUAAUGAUAAUGAAACUUAUGACCAUGCGCUUGCGCUUGAUAUCGACCCAAGUGGGGAGUACAAUAAGCUGCAUCAAGAUAAUUGAGAUAAUGAAACUUUACAUAAUUAAUUUGCAAUGCAGCGGCGGUAAUGUUGACCUCCCAAGAUGGGUGCAUAUCAUUACUGCUACAUUUUCAACCCCCUUUUUUUAAAACAAUUCUUGAAGGACUGAUAAACAAGAUAUCAAGAAAUUGACAAUUACUUAAGAUACUUAUUGUCACUGUAUUGCCAUUUCACAACAGUGUAGAUCUUUUUUACAUGGCAAUUCUACUGUAGUUGUUAUAUUUCAGAUUGUUAUUCAACUGAACAAUAUGUCCGAUAGAACAAUAUUCAGCAAGUAAAGAAUAAAAAUAUAAUUUUAAGGAUCAAUGUAUUGGCUAAAAUUAAAAAAAUGAAAGAAAACUUGAUUGUCAUUUGGGAACUCGUUUGUUAAGCAAAUAUUUUUCUAUUCAGGAUAUGAAUAUAAAAUAUGAAAACCUUUGUAAAUGUAAGUAACGCUCGAUUUUUGUUUAAAUAAAAUAUAUUUUUUA